AUGAAAUCGGGAAUAGUUAACGAAAAGAUUCACGUUUUGGAAUCAAGCUCAGACAUUUGGAAAACGAUUCGGGAUAUUGUCGUUACUCGUAAUCAGGAAGAACCUUUUUUCGUGUGCGACGUUGGUGAAAUCGUUAAGAAAUUCAAUGAGUGGAAAGUUAAAUUCCCCAGAAUCCAACCUUUUUACGCCGUGAAAUGUAAUGAUACGCCAAUCGUGUUAGAAGUUCUUGGAGCUCUUGGUUCAUCUUUUGAUUGCGCAUCAAAAAACGAAUUGUCAAAAGUCCUAGAUUUGGGAGUGGAUCCGAAAAAAAUAAUUUUUGCCAAUCCGUGCAAACCCAUUAGCCACAUUCGUUUUGCUGAAUCUAAUAAAGUUGACCUUAUAACCUUUGACAACGAAACCGAACUUUACAAAAUGAAAUCACUUUUUCCGGAAUCAAGAUUAAUAUUACGGAUUCGAUAUGAUGCCAAAGUUGCUGCGUGUCAAUUGGGAAUGAAAUUCGGAUGUGAUCAUCAGAAGGAAGCACCCAAACUCAUAAACGUUGCUCGGAGUUUAGGAUUGAACGUAGUAGGCCUGAGUUUUCAUGUCGGAUCGGGAUGCGGUGAUCCCCCUGUUUACCGUAAAGCCAUUGCUGCAUGCAAAACAUUAUUUGAUUAUGCCAAGACUUUGGGCUACGAUUUUAACAUUUUAGACAUCGGGGGUGGAUUUCCUGGUAACAAACAUACAUCCGUUGAUGAGUUUGCAGAAAUCAUAAAUCAAGCAUUGGAAGAUUUUUUCCCCGAUCCGGAAAUGAAAAUAAUUGCCGAACCAGGUCGUUUUAUGGCAGCAUCUUGUUUCACGUUGGUGACCAACGUUCACAGCAAAAGAACCGUUUUGGGUGAAAAUGGCAUUCAUAACAUGUACUACAUAAACGAUGGAGUUUACGGAAGUUUUAAUUCAAUAAUUUACGAUCACGCUCACGUUAAUCCCAUACCACUGAGGCAAUCCAAUCUUAAGAACGUAACUUAUGCUUCGAUUUGGGGACCGACAUGCGAUGGAUUGGAUCAAGUUUGCGAUAAUGUUUUAUUACCCGAAUUAACAAUCGGAGAUUGGAUAGUAUUUGAAGAUAUGGGAGCUUACACACUUCCGGGUGCGAGUACUUUCAAUGGAUUUCCCGUUCCAAAAGUUUACGUCGUAGCCAGUGAAAAUAUAUGGUAUUUCACAUUUCAAAUUAUUCAUUUAAAAAAAAAAAAAAAGAAAAAGAGUCUUUUAAAAGAUACAUUGUCUUUUUGCGAUGACGAUUUUGCUAUUUUCAAUAAUGAUUUGCCAUUAAAAACUUCAAUUCCAUUAUCUGCUGUUUUGAAUGAAUACGUCAACGUUAAUUUAUUUCAUUGA